AUGGCUGAGCAACGCAAUAUUGUUGUUCUCGGCGCAUCGGGCGCUGGGCUUCAAGCCACACACUACAUUCUCAAACACAUCCUACCUGCGCUCAAAGAGAAGAAUGAAGCCAAGUACCAUGUGUACGCCAUCUCGCCAUCUUCAAAGUGGUACUUCAGGGUGGCGUCGCCCCGAGUGGCGGCUUCGACUUCGCGCAUGACGACUGAGCAGAUCAUGUUCGACAUCCCCGACGGCUUCAAGCAGUAUUCCGACGAAGAUUUUACCUUCGUCGAGGCGGCCGCUACCGGUCUCGACACAUCAGCACGGAACGUUUUGUACACCAGUAACAAGGGACAGGAGAAUGAGAUGCUGAGCUAUCAUGCGCUCAUCGUCGCAACAGGCAGCAACACCUACUUCCCAGCCUUUUCGAUGAGCAUGGAUGCUCAAAGCACUCUGGACUCCAUCACCUCGACAAACGACAAGGUCGAAUCGGCGCAGAAGAUUGUAAUUGUCGGUGGCGGCCCUACGGCGGUAGAAUUUGCAGGCGAGGUCGCAGAGCAUCGCAAUGGCAAGCCCGGGUGGUUCAGCAGGGUAGUCCCAAAGACGGAGAUCACCUUGAUCACAGCAGACAAGCAAUUGCUCCCCGGUCUGCGCCCUGCGAUAGCCAAAUCAGCAGAGAAGAAACUCAACGCGCUCGGUGUGGAGGUUGUCUACAACACGCGCGUGACCGACUCGUCACCCACAAAAGAAGGCUGCACAGCUCUUGCACUGGAGAAUGGCCAGCAACUAGAAGCAGACUUAUACGUACCUGCCUUCGGUGUCCAACCAAACUCAUCCUGGAUGCCCAAGGAGCUCCUCAACGAAAAAGGUUACCUCAUCACCAACGACGCGACUCUGCGCGUGGAUUCAGCAGGCCCUCGCGUCUACGCGUUUGGAGACAUUGCUUCCUACUCGCGCAACAACUUCUGGGACAUCAUGAAUGGAUUACCUGUGCUUGCGACUAACCUCAAGCGCGACCUGCUUUCGUACAACCCCAUGCUGCCCGACGAGAAGCCAAAUGGCAAGGAUAGGCUGUACAAGCCCAUUACUAGCGAGUCUAUGGUGGUACCGAUUGGUAGCGGCGGCGGGGUUGGUGCGGUCAUGGGAUGGCGGGUACCUAGUAUGUUUGUCUGGCUGCUUAAAGGACGCGACUACAUGCUGGGGAUGAGUGGACUGCCAACAGUGAAUGGUGCCAAGGUGAAGAAGGAAGUCAAGUGGACGAAGGAGGAGGCUGCUAUCUGAGGCGGGAAUAGAGUUCGGAGUAUUAUUUCUUUUGUUAACGAUGCAUCAUGCCUUGCCUGGGUGUCAUACAGUAAGAUACUUGGCAUACUAGUGUACAGAGGCCACUGUAGUCGCCAGGAACGCCUUGGUGCUUACC